AGGCUAUAAAUAUUUUAAGAAGCUCAGCUUCUCUCCGUCGUGGUUAUUUUGGGAAUUGUGUCUCCCAGAGAUUGCAAUCAAAUCAAUAGCCCCAACUCUGAAUCUCGAUGGUUUACAUAGUUUCAUGGGACGAAUUCGUAGAUCGAUCUGUUCAGCUUUUCAAAGCUGAUCCCGAAUCUACUCGGUAUGUUGUCAAGUAUAGACAUUGUGAUGGCAAGUUGGUUCUCAAGGUUACUGAUAACAAAGAGUGUCUCAAGUUCAAGACGGACCAAGCACAAGAAGCAAGGAAGAUGGAGAAACUGAAUAACAUAUUCUUCACCCUCAUGGCCAGAGGACCUGAUGUUGAUCUUUCUGAAGUGAACGGGAAAGAACAGAUGGAGACACAACCUGUGAAGAAAGGAAGAGGACGGAAGCAAUAAGUCCCAUGAUUCUGUUUUUCUUUCUUUCUUUUUGGUAUCAAGAUUUUGAUCCAUUUUUGGGGUAUUCUGAGUUGGGGAUUGUGAUGAUAGGAUUAUUAAAUAUUGGUUCUUAUUUAACCUGACUUUGGAUCUAAAAAUACAACUUUCAUCGAAAAUGCUAAUUAUGUAACCAUUUUAUCAUCCAAUCUUUCUGUCUGUCCUCUCAGUAAUGUGGCAGUCUGUGUGGCUUCAAUUCA